GGCACUGUUGAUUUCUUUACAACUUCACAGAUAUCACAAACAGCUCUGCUCUGUGGAGGCCCUGGAUGCUCCCAGCAAGGGAUGGGGAGAGCCAAGAAAUGCCAGAAAUGGAUGGUCAAGGGAUAAACUGGAGAUCAAAAGGAGCCCUGGGCUUCCAGCAUCCAGUGAGGCUUUAUUUGCCCAAAUCCAAAUCCCAGAAGUUUCUUGCUAACGUUGGAGAGAAGGUUCUGGCCAGUUUUCCUGUGCAAGCCACAAUUCACUUCUACAAUGAUGAUGCUGAGUCUGAGGAAGAGCCCUGAAAGACCCAGAAUCCACAUUAAAAAAUGAAGAACUUCAAAGAGAACUGUCAGGAAUGGAUGGACAAACAUCUGACCAAACAGAGAAAUCUGGCAGAGCUCAAAAGGAAAUUAUUUA